AUGACGGGCCAUGGACAAAUGAAUUUACUGUAUUUUGCUUCUGACUUUGAAGCUAGACGCUACCGACUCGUUGAACUGCCAAAAGAGAUGGCAGAUCUAUUCGCAUCAACAUCAUCAUCGCCACCUGGAGCUGCAAAUGAGACAAGUCUAUUGAUAAAAGGACAUCCACACGACGAAGCAGUGCUCUGCACAGCAACAUCAACACAUUCCUUAAAGGAUGUCCAAGUCUCAAACACCCUGCUGAUUGCAAGACCCUCACCAGCCAUUCCAACUCAUAUGACUGCAUCUUCAUUCGGAGAACACUUGGAUGGAAUAGAGGAAGAGGAUUGUCUUGUCUAUGAAGUACAGGACUCGCUCAACUCGUAUUAUGAGCUAGCUCAAGUUUUGCCACGGUUGGAUCGAUUACGUGAUAUGCUGAUUCCUUCUGCUUUCAGAGGGCCUGAGGAUGAAGAGAACGACGCUGGAACCCUCUUCAUAAAGAAACAAAUCAUGGAAACAAUACAAGCUAGUCACUCUGAGAUUGAAAGGGGAUUGAAGGAUCUACAUGCUACAGAAAUCAAUGGAUACUGUCGAAUGAUUGAUCCCGAAUACACGGAACGAAUCCUCUCAUUGAUACUAAACACGGUUGUAUCGGAGAACUUGGACUUGUCAUGUGUGCCACUACAGACCUGCACGAAAGAAUUGGCGGAAGACGAUGUGCCAGACUAUAUGCUGGCCCAUAUCUUGGAUUCGUUUUCUUCGUCAGUGGAUGUGGCCUUGCAACGCUAUACUCUAUCAAAGGACAAGAUAUCUACCUUCUUUGGAAUUCAGUUGCUGGCUUCGGCUCAUCCCAAGCAAUGGCAACUUGAGGACUUCAUGGAAGCCUGGAAGGAGCGUGUCUUGGAUCUGACAGACGUGUCACUUGAUCUGUUGAGGGGCUCCUUCCUGAAGGAGACUACACCAUUGGGAGUAGUGUAUCUCAAAUACUACCCAAAACAUGUCGUAUCAUCCAUGGACGCCAAGUCUCGAUUCGAGUACCUGUUCUCGACUCGAGCACGGUGGACAUUGGAUGAGAUCAUCCCCUAUAUAGAAGAUCUAGCAGCUGAUAAGAAGAAACUAGACGUGCUGCUCUUGAAGUUUGCUCGUGCUAGUGGAAGUGGAAUAAAUACCACUUAUAGCUCUCGAUUUGCAACAGUUGGUAAAUGA